UUGGUGGUGUCAUCUGAUUCUCUACUAGUAAAUAACCUUCUUCUUCUCCUCUUCCUACUCCGCUUCUUCAUCUCUGCGAACAAUCUCAAAGCCCUCACAAACAAUUCUCUCUCUCGCUCUCUCUCUCGUUCUUUGCGGUGGAGUUCUCUGUCUCUAAUCUCAGGAUCUUCUGGCCCCGAAAAUGGGAGAAAACACCAUCUCAGGUGAUCUCAUGGAUUCCAAUGCCCUCGUCGUCUGUUUCGGAGAAAUGUUGAUAGAUUUCGUCCCUACAGUCAGUGGAGUUUCACUAGCCGAAGCACCUGCCUUCAAGAAAUCUCCAGGAGGCGCUCCUGCAAAUGUCGCCGUCGGUGUUUCCAGACUCGGAGGCUCUUCUGCUUUCAUCGGAAAGGUCGGUGAUGAUGAGUUUGGGCGCAUGCUUGCUGAUAUUCUGAAUCAAAACAAUGUAGACAACUCCGGUUUGAGAUUCGACCACAACGCACGGACGGCACUCGCGUUUGUGACUCUCAGAACCGACGGGGAACGCGAGUUCUUGUUCUUCCGUCACCCGAGUGCCGAUAUGCUUCUCGAGGAAUCAGAACUCGACGAGAAUCUCGUCAAAAAGGCUAAGAUCUUCCAUUACGGCUCUAUCGGUCUGAUCGCAGAGCCCUGCCGUUCCACUCAGCUCGCGGCUAUGAAGAUCGCGAAAAGUUCGGGGAGUCUCCUCUCGUAUGACCCGAAUUUACGGUUGCCGUUAUGGCAAUCAGAAGAGGCUGCAAGGAAGGAGAUUAUGGCCAUAUGGGAAGAAGCAGAUGUUAUAAAGAUCAGCGAGGAUGAGAUUACGUUUCUGACCGGAGGGGAUGAUCCUUACGACGACGAGGUGGUGUUACAGAAGCUUUUCCAUCCCAAUCUCAAGCUCCUGGUUGUUUCCGAAGGACCCAAUGGUUGCAGAUACUACACUAAGGAAUUCAAGGGCAGAGUUCCGGGAGUAAAAGUGAAACCGGUCGACACAACUGGCGCGGGAGAUGCAUUCGUGAGCGGUCUUCUCUUCAACUUAGCUUCCGAUCUCAGCCUUCUCGAGGACGAGAAGAAACUAAGACAGGCACUUCUAUUCGCAAACGCGUGUGGUGCCAUAACGGUGACAGAGAGAGGGGCCAUCCCGGCCAUGCCCACCAAGGAAGCUGUUCUUGAUCUUCUUUCCUCUUCUGCUCCUUGAUGCCAAGUGAAAAGAUUCAUACAAAUCCUUAACCUCUGCCUGAAUCAGAAUCUUUAAGCCGCUCCUGUUCUCAUUUUUUCCUCUCCCCUGUUAUGGGAACUGAAACGCAACUGUAGUGUUUUUUCUUUUAUACUCUUGUAUACGUUAAGGUGGUUCUUAAUAAUUUAGGUUCUACUCUCGAUUUUAC